AACCAAAGGCAACUAAGUAAAUAUUACUAAAAACCGAACUGCAAAUGGCGAUAUUUUUUGUUCAAGUGUAAAGUGGGUGUUCAAAAGUGGAGACAAUUGCAGAGCAAGUGCAACUCCAAAACAGUUAUACAAAAAUCUAAGGAUCCCAAAAUCAGCAACAACAAUAACAACAAACACAGUAGACGCUGCAGCAGAGACAAAACGCGUGCAACUAUGCCUGGCCCGGCGCUGUGGUCCGGAAUUAUGACACUGAGCCGUGGCCCGUACAGCGAGCUCGAUAAAAUGAGCCUUUUUCAAGACCUCAAACUCAAGCGACGCAAAAUCGAUUCAAGAUGCAGCAGUGACGGCGAAUCCAUAGCGGACACAUCCACCUCGUCGCCGGAUCUAUUGGCGCCGAUGUCGCCGAAGCUUUGUGACAGCGGCACGACGCCGGCGCUGCCCAACGCGAUCACAGCGGCGGCUGCCUCGACGGUCAUGUCGCCACCGCCGCCAGCGGCGACGCCGCCACUGGCACUGGACACUGCAGCUGGUGGCGCUGGCGUGGAGGCCUUGUCGCUGGCAUUGAGUGCGCGCGGCACGCCGACGCCGCCGCACAACAAUGGCGGCGCCUCCAGCUCGAGCAAUGGCAGCAGUCGCCUUGCCUCGCCCGAUUCGCUCGAGGAGAAGCCGUCGACGACGACGGGCGGUCGCAGCAGCGCCACGCCCACCAAUGGUCUGUUGGCGAGCAGCAGCAGCAGCAGCAGCAACAACAACAACAACAACAACAACAGCAGCAGCAGCAACAAGAUCAGCAGCAAUCUGAGCGUCAUACGCUCCGUCAAGGAGGAGCGCAUCCUGGCCUCGCCCACCAAAAUGCUCGCCUACCAUCAGCAGCAGCAGCAGCAGCAGCAGCAGCAGCAGAGGGAGCGCGAGCGGGAGCGUGAGCGGGAGCGGGAGCGUGAGCGCGAGCGGGAUCUGAAGGCAGCCACGGGCCAUGUCACGGUGCUGGUGACGCCCUCGCGCAUCAAGGCGGAGCCGCCGCCGCCCGCCUCGCCCUCCUCCACCACGCAGCGGGACAGAGAACGCGAAAGGGAGCGGGAGCGGGAGCGGGAUCGAGAUCGAGAGCUGGGCAGCUCCAGCUCCAUCAGCUCCUCGCAGCACAUCAGUCGUGCCAGUCCGCCGAUGGGCCAGCAUCAUUCGCAUGCUUACGGCCAUCCGCACGGCCACGCCCAUGCCCACGCCCACGCGCACGCCCAGCUGGGCGGCCACGGGCAUGGCAGCCUAGCGCCCGCCUCCAUCGUCCAGACCCAUCAUUUGCACCAGCAGCUGACGCAGCCGCUGACGCUGCGAAAGAACAGUCCGCCGCAGGAGCUGCAGCUGCCGCAGCUGGCCAUGCAGUCGAUGCAGCAGCUAACACAGCAGCAGCUGCACCUGCACCAUCUGCUGGGCCAGCAGCAGCAGCAGCAGCAGCAGCAACAGCAGCAGCAGCAACAGUCGCCGCAGCACUUGCAGCAACACUCGCCGCACGCGCUCAUCCGCGUCAAGAAGGAGCCCAAUUCGGGCGGUGGAUCUGGUGGCCAGGUGCAGCGGCAUCUCUCGCCGCAUCACCAUCAACACCAGCACCAGCAGCAGCAGCAGCAAAACCAGCAACAUCAGCAGCAGCAGCAGCAGCAGCAGCAGCAGUCGCUAAUGCACUCCGCCUCGCUGCAGUCGCUGCGUCAUCCGAGCCGCGAUGCGGCAAUAUUGUUUCGCGUGAAGAGCGAGGUGCAGCAGCAGGUGGCGGUGGCUGCCGCCGCCGCCUCGAGCGGGCUGCCGCAUCUGAUGCAGCCGACGGCAGCAGCAGCAGCGGCCGCAGCAGCAGCAGCACAGCGCAUGGUCUGCUUCAGCAAUGCGCGCAUCAACGGCGUCAAGCCGGAGGUGAUUGGCGGCCCGCUCUGCCCGUCGCCGCAUCCCUCGUCCUCGUCAUCGUCGUCGCAGCUGUCGCCGCAGACGCCCUCGCAGACGCCGCCGCGCGGCACGCCCACCGUCAUUAUGGGCGAGAGCUGCGGCGUGCGCACCAUGGUCUGGGGCUAUGAGCCGCCGCCGCCGACUGCGGGGCAGCAGCAGCAGCAGCAGCAGCAACAGCAGCAACAGCAGCACCAACAGCAACAACACCAACACCAGCAACAACAACAGCAGCAGCAGCAGCAGCAGCAGCAUCAACAACAGCAACAGCAGCAGCAGCAGCAGCAGCAACAGCAGCAGCAGCAGCAGCAGCAGCAUUGCCUGCAAACUGCCUCGUCACCCUCGACGGGGUCCAUUACGCCCAGCCAUACGCCCGGUCCGCCGACUGUGGGUCCGCAGAACAACGAGGAGGCAGCGCAGCUGUUGCUCUCUCUCGGACAGACGCGCAUCCAGGAUAUCCGUCCGCGUCCGCAUCAAUUUCGCACGCCGCACGCCCUCAACAUGGAGCGCCUGUGGGCUGGGGACUACUCGCAGCUGCCGCCGGGUCAGCUGCAGGCGCUGAAUCUCAGCGCACAGCAGCAGUGGGGCAGCUCCAAUUCCAAUUCCAACUCCAGCGGCAGCGGGCGCUCCCUCGAGGUGCCACACGAGCCGACGGACGAGGACGAUCAGCCGCUGGUCUGCAUGAUAUGCGAGGACAAGGCCACGGGUCUGCACUACGGCAUCAUCACCUGCGAGGGCUGCAAGGGCUUCUUCAAGCGCACCGUGCAGAACAGAAGGGUCUACACCUGCGUGGCCGAUGGCACCUGCGAGAUAACCAAAGCACAGCGCAACCGUUGUCAGUAUUGUCGAUUUAAGAAAUGCAUUGAGCAGGGCAUGGUGCUGCAAGCCGUGCGGGAGGAUCGCAUGCCGGGCGGACGUAACAGCGGCGCCGUCUACAAUCUGUACAAGGUGAAGUACAAGAAGCACAAGAAGACAAACCAAAAGCAACAGCAGCAGCAGCAGCAGCAACAGCAGCAGCAGCAGCAGCAGCAACAGCAGCAGCAGCAGCAACAGCAGCAGCAGCAGCAACAGUUGCUGUCGCCCAUACAUCAUCAUCAUGCUGCUGGCGGGCAUGGCCAUCCGGCGCAACUGUCGCCGCAUCACUUGCUGUUGCCGCAGCAGCAACAGUUGGCGGCAGCUGUUGCCGCCGCUGCCCAGCACCAGCAGUCGAAGCUGUUUAUGGGUCCCGUGCUGAAGACCGAACACUUGCAGCCGCCGCCAAUGCACAGUCCGGCACAGCAGCAACAUCAGCAGCAGCAGCAGCAGCAACAGCAGCAGCAGCAACAGCAGCAGCAGCAAUCGUCGCCGCAUUUGUCGCUAUCCUCCCCGCAUCACGUGCCGCCGCCGCCCAAUGUAACACAGCAGCAACACCACAACCAUCACCAGCAGCAGCAACAGCAGCAGCAGCAGCAGCAACAGCAGCAGCAACAGCAGCAGCAGCAGCAACAGCAACCAUCGCUGCCGGCGCAUCUGAUGAACGGCACCAUAUUGAAGACUGCGCUGACCAAUCCCAGCGAGAUUGUUCAUCUGCGGCAUCGUCUCGACUCGGCCGUCAGCUCGUCGAAGGACAGACAGAUCUCGUAUGAGCAUGCGCUCUCCAUGAUCCAGACGCUGAUCGACUGCGAUGCCAUGGAGGACAUUGCCACGCUGCCGCACUUCAGCGAGUUCCUCGAGGACAAGUCGGAGAUCAGCGAGAAGCUGUGCAACAUCGGCGACUCCAUCGUCCACAAGCUGGUGUCGUGGACCAAGAAGCUGCCCUUCUAUCUGGAGAUCCCCGUCGAGAUACACACAAAGCUGCUCACGGACAAGUGGCACGAGAUACUCAUACUGACCACGGCCGCCUACCAGGCGCUGCACGGCAAGCGCUCAUCGAGCGCCGCCACAAGCCCCAACAAUCACAGCAGCAACAGGCACGGCUCGCCGGCGCCAACAUCGACGCCCACGGCCAGCCAGCUGCCGAUGCCGCUGCACAAGGACGAUCCGGAGUUUGUCAGCGAGGUGAACUCGCACCUGAGCACGCUGCAGACCUGCCUAACCACACUGAUGGGCCAGCCGAUAGCCAUGGAGCAGCUGAAGCUCGACGUCGGCCACAUGGUCGACAAGAUGACGCAGAUAACGAUCAUGUUUCGCCGCAUCAAGCUCAAGAUGGAGGAGUACGUCUGCCUCAAAGUCUACAUACUGCUGAACAAAGAAGUGGAACUGGAGAGCAUACAGGAGCGCUACAUCCAGGUGCUGCGCUCCUACCUGCAGAGCUCAUCGCCGCAGAAUCCGCAGGCGCGGCUCAGCGAGCUGCUCUCCCACAUACCCGAGAUUCAAGCGGCGGCCAGCUUGCUCCUGGAAAGCAAAAUGUUUUAUGUGCCCUUCGUGCUCAACUCGGCGAGCAUAAGGUAGCAAAUGCUUGAGCAUGGCCUGCUGCCCGCCAGCAAUCAUCAGCCGGCGCCGUCCAAGCGCCAACAGCAACACGAGCAACAUCCAACAACAACACCAGCAACACGUCGCAGAUCCCGGCCACAACAACAGCAGCAGCAGCAGCAGCAGCAGCAGUUGCAGGCGCAGGUUGCCUUGUUGCUGGAUCUGCCCAAGAUCAAAAUUGAAAUUGGCGCUACGGAGCCGCCGUCGCCACAGCAGCAACAACAACAAUUGCCGCUGUCGCUGACAGCAGCCAACACGGCCAGCGCCAAUAGCAAUGCCUCCUCGUCCAUACUGAAGACUUCGCUGCUGAGCGGCGCAGCGGCAACGUUGGCCACGCUAACAGCAGCUGCUGAUCAAAUAGCGCGCAGCAGCAACAACAGCAGCAGCAGCAACAGCAGCAGCAGCAGCAGCAGCAGCAAGAUGGCAGCAAACAGCAGCAACAGAUUAGAAGAGAGCAAAAGACUUGAACAUCAACAACAUCAGCAACAACAACAAACACAACAACAGCAACAACAACAACAACAAUAUACAUCAAUUCUACAAACGGCCUUAAUGUCACAACGUCCACUGGCAGCUGCUAGCACGCUAGCAACAGCAGCAGCAGCAGCGCGAACAUCAACGCCGCCGCCAGCUCAUGUGCUGAAAACGGCGGUGACAUUGGCCAGCCUAAGUGAAAUAGCCACUGCUCAGCAGCAGCAGCAGCAGCAGUUGCUCGCAUUGCAGCAGCAGCAACAGCAACAGCAACUUAUACUGCCCCGUAGGAUAAUCAACUUAAACAACAACAACACUGCCACGAGCCCAGGAGCAAUAACAAUCACUACCAAGCAGCUGCCGCGACAACGCAACGGCAGCAGCAACAGUUCAAGUCAGGCGGCAAACGCUGCAGCAGCAACAACAGCAACAGCAACAGCAACAGCCGCAACAACAAACACAGCAACAAGCACAAUGCUGCCCAACGGCAACUGUUGCCGACAGCAGGCAACUGUUGCCAGCACUGCCACAAUACACACACAAACCGAUGAGCAGCUGUUGCUGUCAGCUGCCACGCCCACACAAACACAAAGAAAACAAAAGUAG